AUGUUCCAGCCUCAACCUACACCUUUCGCCUCCUCCAGCUUCGUGUCCUAUGGCCUAGCUUCCGACCUGGACUUUGCCUAUCCCCGGAUCCCCCGACAACAACUUUCUCCCUCCGCAGUCGCGCCCUCUGUGUCGCCGCCUUAUUCCACUUCACAAAACUCCAACUCUGAAUCCUCCUCCUCACCAACUUUAACGCAACCGCAAACCCGCCAAAGCUUACCGCAUCAGCAGCUGGGUGUUCUAUCUCGCCAGCAGCCCGCACAGCAACAACAAUACGCAACCCAAUCUGGUUCCGCUCUACUCAAGAUGGACGAACAAGGCCUGCAUGGCUUCAACGCUCAGCAGGCUGCGGCCCAGGACUACCAGGCUGAGCUUGAGGGGCUUCCAGUCGGAAACAAGGCGUCAAGCGAGGCCAUUACCCAAGAGUACGCCAAAGCCGAUCCCGUCUAUGUUGAAAAGACAAUUGCCCUCCCCCAGACGUUCGCUCAUUACCGCCCUAUUAUAGGCGAUGGUAACUGUGGCUGGCGAGCAAUUGGUUUCAGCUACUUCGAGAAGCUUGCUGAAUCGGGCGACCAGGUCAAAAUUGAGAGCGAGGUUGCUCGACUUAUGAGCAUGAAUCAUCUACUAUCUACAGUUGGAAACUACCAAUACUACGAAGACUGGGCAGACGAGAUGCUGGAUCUUUUGCGCGAAGUAGCACAAAACAUGAACAACCCCCACCUUGCACAGGUAUUGAUUCAGGAGAAGUGGAACGACCCUGGUGUUGCAGACAGCCUGAUUUACUACCUUCGCCUUCUCGCAGGAACAUACCUGAAGGCCAAUGCUGCUACAUUUGACCCUUUCAUUACCGAAUACAACGGUGUUCAGGGUUACUGCAGUCAAUGCAUCGAUAUUCCCAACCGCGAGAUCGAGCACAUUGGUAUCGAGGCACUCAGCAAUGUCCUCCUCAAGCCUAUCGACUUCGUCCUCGAGAUUGCCUACCUUGAUCGAAGCCCAGGUGCGCGGGUUAACACACACCGUUUCCCUGGUGAAAACAAUGGCCAAGACAUCAACAGCCUUGGAACUGUCAUCUACUUGCUCUUUCGGCCCGGCCACUACGACAUUCUGUACAAAGGGGAUACCAUGCAGGUGUUUCGAGUGAACGGCUUUACCCACAACACUAACAUCACAACCGAUCAAGCGGAUCUUGGCCAGUAUACGACCAUGAACUUCGAUGCAUUGUCGAUUAUCCCCGGCUUCAGCAAUUCUGCCUCAUUAGGUGGACUGGGACAGAUUGCGCCACCUCCAAGCAACUCGAUGUCAGAAUCGUUUUCACCUGUGCAACAAAGCCCAUGGAUGUCGUCCUUUCCCGAAUCCUUGCCUUCUUCGACACAACGAAUUAUGCCCCCGCAGCCACAACCUAUCAUGGCAUCUCCCCAACCCCCAACGCCGCCUGCUUCCAUAUCAAGCAGCUCUGCGAUCGCACCAAGUCCUGCAAUGGGUCCAGCGUCUGGCCCGGGACCUCAAAGUUCCCUCCCUUUGCGAACAGCUUCGAGCUACCACAUCCGCUUCAGCCCCGUUCAACUGGACUAUGAUGAGAGCAAGAACAAUUUUCCAGAGUCGACAUUUCAAGUAACGACCAAUACCUUUAAGAACAGUAUUUGGAACCGAGCGCAUUACUGUAACCCCAACUUUCAUCCCGAAGAAUGGAAUCCGGAUGACGAGCAUACGGAUGGUAGAGUUGGAGGCAAACGCAAGAUGAAAAAGGAAAUAUCCUAG